CCGUCGGUGUCCGUAUAACUGUGUAUAACAGUGCGAGACUAAACCCCCAUUGGCCAUCAUUCACCAAAAUUCCUAGUCCCUUUCCUUCAAUUUCGGAGAGAGACAGGUUUCUCUGUAUAUUACUCCGCCUGUCAAACAAUUAUCGCCAUCGAUUUCAGUGGCGAAAUCCAAUUGAAACGCCUCUUGACGUGUUUCCGAUCAGAUAUGGUUGAUGUAGCCGACAAAUUGGCGUAUUUCCAAGCCAUCACGGGCCUUGAUGAUCCCGAUUUGUGCACUGAGAUCCUCGCCGCCCAUGGCUGGGACCUCGAGCUCGCGAUCUCCUCCAUCACCAGCACCAACGUCGCACCGCAGGAUAUCUCCUCUGCGGAAACCACAACCGUCGCAGGGGAUGGAUUCCGCGGUUCAGUGUCUUCCAAUUUAGAACCGCGUCGAGAAGUCUCCGAACGAUUGGAACAGACCGCGAACGCGGUCGCCGGUCCCGGUUUGGCGUGGAAGCUCGUUACUUUGCCGAUUUCUGUUGUUUCCGGUAGUCUGGGGUUGAUUACCGGCGCGAUUGGGCUCGGACUAUGGGCUGCGGGUGGCGUGAUCUCGUACUCUAUGGGAAUGAUCGGGCUGGGCCCCGGUUCGGGCCGGACAGGGGAGUCCGCCCGGUUGGUUCCAUUGUCGGCGGCGGCAUCGGAGGCUAUGGACUUCGUGGCAGCUUUCGAGAGGGAUUACGGGUCGAGGAGGCCAAAUUUCGUGAGCGAGGGGUUCAUGGACGCGCUGCAAAGGUCGAGGAACGAGUUCAAGCUCAUGUUCGUGUACUUGCACUCGCCGGAUCAUCCGGACUCGCCUUUGUUCUGCGAGCAGACUCUGUGCUCGGAGACCUUGGCGGUGUUCGUCAACGAGAACUUCGUCCCAUGGGCAGGGAGUAUUAGGGCUAGCGAAGGGUUCAAGAUGAGUAACAGCUUGAAGGCGUCGCGGUUUCCAUUCUGUGCCGUUGUUAUGGCGGCUACAAAUCAGAGGAUUGCGCUGCUCCAGCAGGUUGAGGGACCAAAAUCUCCUGAAGAAAUGCUCACGAUAUUACAGAAAGUUCUUGAAGAAAGUGCUCCUGUUCUUGUUGCAGCAAGACUUGAUGCAGAAGAAAGAAGAAACAACAUGCGCUUAAGGGAGGAGCAAGAUGCUGCUUACAGAGCAGCACUUGAAGCUGAUCAAGCUAGGGAACGCCAGCGGAGAGAAGAGCAAGAACGUCUCAAAAGAGAAGCUGCUGAAGCUGAGAGGAAACGCAAGGAGGAAGAAGAGACUCGUGAAAGAGCUGCACAUGAAGCUGCAGAGAAAGAGGCUGCAUUAGCAAAAAUGCGGCAUGAGAAAGCCUUGUCACUUGGUGCUGAACCUGAAAAAGGACCUAAUGUUACACAGGUUCUAGUGCGGUUUCCUACUGGAGAACGCAAGGAGAGGAGGUUUCACAGUACUGCAACGAUUCAGUCUCUAUAUGACUAUGUUGAUUCUUUGGGCUGUUUAGAAGUCGAGAAUUAUAGCCUUGUCUCUAACUUUCCUCGGGUCAUUUAUGGCCUAGAGAAACUGUCUUUGACAUUGAAUGAAGCAGGAUUGCAUCCUCAGGCCAGCCUUUUUGUGGAGCUGAACUGAUACAGGAGGAACUUCUUCAGAAGUAAGUAAUAUGAGAAAAAAAAAAAUGUAGUCAGAUAUGGGCCGCAAGUAGGAUUGAUUGUUGUAUUUCUCUGUUAUUGUUUUAACUUAAUUAGCAUGGAUACAAUCAGAUAAAGAUAGGUUGCCAUGUCUCUGUGGAUGUUUAUUUUCCCCUCAAUGCAUAAUCACUGAAGCAGAUGGCCCUAA